AUGUCUGGCAAGCGCAAGACGGUUAUUGUGAAGCUUGUGUCUGCAGCAGGUACUGGCUUCUACUACACCAUCCGUAAGAACCCCAAGUCCAUUCAGCGGCCUCUUGCCUUUCGCAAGUACGACCCUGUUGAGGCCAAGAUGAAGUCAUGA